CUCACCGGUCUGAGUUGUUGGCAGCUGGAAGUCACAGAUCUCUACCUGAAAUGGACAACUGGACUAAAUCAGCUAAAGUCACCUACAAGCGGUGGAAAAAUCCUGAACUGCGGGAUGAGCCAGAUUUUGUGGGUCAGACGGAUGAGGAUCAGACCACAGACAACGAGAUCUGCACGAUAGCUUCACGAGCAGCAGCAGGAGGAGCACAGUCUGCAUCCAGCUCUGGAUCUCAUAAGAUUGAAGAAACCUUCACAGUAGACGAUGCACUGGAGGCCAUCGGCUUUGGAAAGUUUCAGUGGAAAAUCUCUCUCUUCACUGGACUGUCAUGGGUAGCAGAUGCCAUGGAGAUGAUGAUCCUCAGCAUCUUGGGCCCUCAGCUGCACUGUGAAUGGAGGCUGCCCGGCUAUCAAGUGGCGCUCAUCACAUCAGUGGUGUUUGUCGGGAUGGGGAUCAGUUCACCUCUGUGGGGGAAUGUAUCCGACAAGUAUGGCAGAAGAUUCGGUCUUACGAUUUCGAUGUGCUGGACUCUGUUCUACGGCCUGAUGAGUGCCUUCAGUCCGGUAUACGGCUGGCUCUUGGUCCUGCGAGGCCUUGUAGGUUUUGGUAUCGGAGGAGCUCCUCAGUCGGUGACGCUGUACUCAGAAUUCCUUCCAGCAAAGUCGAGAGGCAUCUGCAUCAUGCUGAUUGCGGCGUUCUGGGCCAUCGGUGCUGUGUUCGAGGUCCUCCUGGCUCUGUGGGUAAUGCCCACUCUGGGCUGGAGGUGGCUGCUUGGCCUGUCAACGAUACCGAUGGCAAUCUUUGUUUCCUUCUGUUUUUGGCUUCCUGAAAGUCCUCGGUUUGACGUGCUGACUGGAAGAGGUGAAAAGGCCUUGGAAACUUUAAGACGCGUUGCUAAGGAGAACGGCAAGACAAUGCCUCAGGGGAGGCUGAUCGCUUAUCAACAGAAUGAUCGUGGACGAAUCAAAGACCUCUUUGCUGGUGAACACUGGAGGACGACUCUUCCUUUAUGGUUUAUAUGGUUUGCAUACGCCUUCUCCUAUUAUGGGAUUGUCCUGUUGACAACUGAGCUGUUCCAAGCUGGAGAUUCAUGUGUAGCAAACCAAGGAGCCAAGAUUGAACCGACCUGCAAUCUUGAAUGUAAAUAUUUAACAUCAGCUGACUACAAGGACCUGCUAUGGACGACCUUGGCUGAGUUCCCAGGUCUUCUAGUUAUCCUUCUGGCAGUUGAUCAUAUCGGCAGGAAGAGAAGCAUGGCCUUGUGUUUCUUCUUGUUUUCUUUAUGUAUUCUACCGUUAUUUGCCUGUAUUGAGAGGAUUGCUCUUACAAUCCUGAUCUUCGUCGCCAGAGCCUUCAUCUCUGGAGGAUACCAAGUUGUAUUUGUUUACACACCAGAAGUGUUCCCUACAGAAAACAGAGCCUUAGCAAUGGGGACUUCCAGUGCGAUGGCCAGGGUGGGUGCCCUGAUUACACCCUUUGUGGCACAGGUGAUGCUCAGGACUUCGAUUUAUCUGACCCUGUCGGUGUACUGUGGUGUUGCUGUGCUGGCUGGCAUUGCAUCCUUGAUCCUCCCCAUUGAGACGCUGGGAAGGAGUCUGCAGGAGUUCAGCCUUGUCCAGGAAACCAGAGGACAAACGACCACCACAAUCAGCCAAUUGAAUGUUGCAACAGACUCCACAGAUCCGCGAUAGGUCAACCAGGAAGGAUGAGGGGGGAAAAAAGGAAAGGAAAGAAUAUUAUGUCACCUCCCGGCCUCCUGCAGACGGACCGAAUCGUCUGAGCGAUGAUGGGUGAGGAGCAGCAGGAGAUGAUCUCAUUACAGGCAGUGAGGAUAAUCGAGGGUCGGCCCGAUGAGAGCGGAAGUGAACUCAUACUCUGGCUGGUUUGUUUGCCUUCUCCUUCACUGAGCCCAUGAGGAGCACCGGAGAGGGAUUAGGACGACAGUGUACAGACUCUGACACAUUUAAACCUGAUCUCAAGAGAUGAGGAAUUUUAUUAAAAGUUGCUUCAAAAAUAUUUAUUAAUGAAACCCUGUGCCUGAUGUGCUGGUGAAUGUCGACUUUAUAAUUACCACGGUUCUACAUUAUUAACAUGUUGGUGGCAGCUUUCUCAAAUGUGAGGAUUAGAUUUGUUUUUAAAUUUUCAGUAGACUGAAUAUCAGAAU